GGGUUUUGGGCCGGGGUUGGUUGAUGGUGGCCCCGGGGACGGUGCCGAUCUCCAGUGGGCAGAGGAGAGGCUGAGGCGGUUGCUGCGGCGGUGUGAGCCGGGCCUGAUGUAUCUACAGAGCCUGUUGGUGUGGGAGCGGCCGCUACAGAGCGGCCUGAUGCUGCUGGGCCUCAGCGGCCUGUUCUGGUUGUUUUCCUCCACCUCACUGCGUCCAAUCUUCUUGAUCAGCUUGUCAGUGCUGGCCAUCGCAUUCUUAGAUCAUUGGAAGAGCGAGCUGUUACCCUACGUCGUGGUUCAGCACCCCAUGGAUGAAGGCGAGAGCGAUGGAAAUUCCACAAGGCCUCGUCUCCUCAAACUGCCCGAGCUUUGCCACUAUCUUGCUGAGAGCUGCGUGGCCUUUAACCUCUAUCUAAAGGAAGUGCUGGAGUACAAGAGGCAGAACCCAGGCAAGCUUCCCAGGCCAAGGGACAACAUUUUCCAUUUUCACCCACCAAGAAUAUUACAAAUCCACCUGCACUCAAACCCAUCCGGAAGAUUGGCAUGGGAAGUGUCACAAAAAAGGACUAAUCUCAUGUCCUUUGGGUCCCCCAAGGCUGGAAACUUGAUACUGAGCCUGCUGCUGUGGCCUUUGGUGGUUUACCAUGAACUCAUUCAGAAGAUGUACACAGGGCUGGAGCCUGUGCUGAUGAAACUGGAUUACAGCAUGAAGGGCGGCACCCAGCACCGACAGAGGGACAGGAAGAAGAAAACAAUGGUGAAAACGGAAAGCUGUGAUGAGCCAACGGCAGAAACUGAGAGUGAAAGCGAGGCUGAACUUUCCUGCUUUAAUUCCAAGGUAGAUGUCAGGACAACUGCUCUGGCUUUUGCAAUCACUGAUUCGGAACUAUCAGAUGAAGAGGCUUCCAUUCUGGAAAGUGGUGGAUUCACAAUGUCCCGAGGGACAACCCCACAACUCUCAGAUGUUUCAGAAGAUCUGGACCAGCAGAGCAUGCACAGUGAGCCAGAGGAAGCUUUUGCUAAAGACCUGCCGGAGUUUCCCUCGGUGGAGGACCUGGCUGGUGAUGGGAGUCCCUCGCAUGUUUUGCCUGGACUGCCUCCGGAGCCCAGUAUCAGCAGUCUGGAUUCUCAAUUCUUCAUUCAGACCCUGAGCUCCCCUUUGCACUUUGUAAACACACAUUUCAAUGGGAAUGAGGCAACAAUGAACAUAUCAAAGACUGGCCCGGUGUCCACUCUAAGCUUGAAUUUGGAGGCCUUCAGUGAGGAGAUUGUAAACUCAACAAUCACCACAGUGGUUCAGAACACACUAUCUGCCCUGCUUUCUAACUCAAUGGCAGGGACCCACUCUGAGAGCUCGGAAUUCCUUCCCAUAGAAUCACAGCAGAACCUCUCCAGGGCAGGAUCGAUGGAAUUGGAACUGAAAGGGGCAGAAUCUCAUGAGGAGGUAGAUGACUUUGAGCUGCUGGACCAGGGAGAGCUGGAUCAGAUGGACAAGGAGCUUGGUCUGAAUGAGCAGCUCAGACAGGCGGACAGUGGACAGAGUACAUUGCAGGUUACAGAAGCUGAGCUGCUGAGGGAGAGCUAGUGUCAGCAGCUAGCCUGUAUACUGGGUUAGUUAGAAACACCUGCCGUGCCCCUCAUUGCGUGGCAUUGAGUCCCCCUCUGAACCCAUGCCUGGUCCCUUGGUGUGUAUGGCACUGCCAUUCCCAAACCCUGUUUCGCUAGUCCCGUAUUGUGUGGUACUGCCGGAUUUCAGCCCCAGUCCAAGGUGAAGAGCCCAUUCAGUGGAUCAUUAUUCCCACAGACACCCAUCCUCAUUACAAGAGCAGCAAUGUUUUCUUAGUACUCAGCUCAUUAAAAUUAUUGACUAGAUUUUCUUCAGUUGAAUAAUGCUUUGCCUGAUAUGGUACUGAGUCCCACACAGCCUGAAAAACCCACGCACCACCCCCAAUCUGUGCUGAGUAAACUGAUCUCACCCAGUGUAGGAGUGAGGGCAGUAAUUGGCUUCAGCUUCCCUGGGUUAAGGAGGCGAAUAAACUGAGGAGGCAAAGGUGUCAGCAAGAUACAGAGUGAAUGCAAAAGAAAGACUUGCGUCACUCUAGCGUCUUUCAUGGCCUCAGGAUGCCCCGAAAUGCUUUUACAACCAAUGAAGUAUUUCUUAAGUAUAGUGAUUUUUGUAAUGUAAGAAUUGUGACAACCAGUUUGUAAACAAAUGCCAAAAACAGCAAUGUGAUAAUGACCAUAAUUUUUUUUUUCUAGUGAUGUUGGUCAAGGGAUCAAUAUUGGGCUAAGACACUGGAGAGAACAUCCCUGCUCUUCAACAUAGUACCAUAGGGUCUUUUACAUCCACCUGAGGGACAGCAGAUGAUCUAAUUUUAAAGUCUCAUCUGAAAAAUGGCACCUCCGACAGUGCAGCACUCCCCAUUUAGGUGUCUCCAAGGCCUUGACCAUCCUCCCUGAGAUAUGAUGCCCAGAACUGUGCACAAUACUCCAGGCCAAACCAAUGAUUGUUUUAAAGAUUUAGCACAACUUCCUUUGUUUGUAUUCCAUGCUCCUGCAGGUCUGGCAGCUUCUGUGGAGAGAAACAGACUCAAUGUUUCAGAUUGAUGAUCCUCCAUCAGAACGUUCUGACUGAACGUUAAGACUUACAUAGUCACCAGUUACCAAUCAGCUGCUUUCCUUCUGCUGAUGUCACUUUAUUUUAUAGGGAGUCAACUUAAAUGUUUUACUCAUUUGUAGUUUUAUUCAUUAGUUUAACUAGUUAAGCUACAAAUUUAACAUAGCACUUUAUAAUUUGCCAAUCUCGGUUUAUACCACUGCCCUAGAGAGAAGAAAAUCUUUAUGCUCACCAGCCAAUUACUUACGUGCUGCCCUGUGAGGCCAUUUGAUUUUUCCUUUGUUUGCUGUCGUAGCACACUCUGCCUUUCCUACGCUGCUGCUUUAUCCCUACUGUGCUCUUGCAUCUCCUCCUAUUCUUGCAGCACUCUGCCUGAUCCUUUCUGAAUAUUGUGUUGUUCAACAAUGGCUGACCGUGGAAGAGAGCUAGUCCUCAACUUUUCAGAUACUGGAGUUCUUGGUAGAACGGGUGAAAAGAAGGAGUAAUAUACUUCCUGUACCCUAGUGACAGGGGCAGGGGGCUAGAGGCACUCCAGAAACAUGCUCAGAAGGUAUUAGCAAGAGAUGUCAGAGGUCAAUGCCAGAAUCGUAGAUUUAAAGACCUGGAUGCAAUGCAGGAAGAAGUUUAAUGUUUUUGUAUGAGUGGAUCAAGGUCACUGAGUUGGAACUUCAAAUUUCAACCAACUACACUACCAGUCUCAGCCACUGCUCAAAAUAAAGGUGCUAUGGAACCUA